AUGGCUGCCAAACGGCCGGGGCUCAUGCAAGUCUCGGUCUCCCGAAGUGCCGAAGAGCAGCGGUUGAUCCCUGCAUAUUGCAGCAACCUUGCUCGUCGGGCUAGAGAGCUUGAGACUUUUCGUAAGCAUCUUUACGCCGACGCCAAAGGUGGUGAAUUAUCUUUCGGAAUCAUGGAACGCAUCUCGCCACAUGCCGUUGCGGUGUCGGAUCCUCUGUUCUCACGGCUGGAGCAACUUCAUAUUCUCCUUGGCCGUGUUUUUGUCGAUAUCGUGGCCCGCUGGUUUACAGACGAGAAGGCACGCUUUCCGGAGCGUAUGCCAUUGGAUCCGUCGGAAGAGGAGCUCCUCCGAUGGGUAGCGUCUAGUGGCUGCGUUCCAGACUAUGCCGAGCAUGCUGGUUGCUGGCGAAGCGACUUACUAUUUGGUCGCAGCCCAGACGGUUUGCGUGACGAGUCACCGUAUGUAUGCGAAAUUAACGGAAGGCUUCCUCUAAAUGCCGUUAUGGGAAUUGCUCUGGGUGAAAAUGGCCUUCGGGAACUUGGUGCGAGUAAGGGAGGACUUGAGCCUGUGAAUAGUAUGGAUACAUCUUAUAACAACCUUAUGGCAUUAUUCAAUCCCGAUAAGCCUCUUUACUCUAUCAGAGAUAAGUGGCCUGGCGCUGACUCGAAGAUCCUCUCAGCUGUCAAUGUCGCACGCGGAAGGCCAGCAGUCGAAGCAGUUCGUCCUCAAGACCUGGAAGUUCGCCCUGAUGAAACUUCUCCAACUGGAUUAGCUCUCUGGGAUAAGGCGGCGAACAGGCUCUUGGGACAGUGGCUUGUUGAGAUGCUGCAGGAAGAGUAUGCCGAACUGGAACCAGCUGUCGCUCGCCAACUGUCCAUGACGCCUCUCAAUGAUCUUCGAACUGUAUUCAUCGUGCAUGACAAACGACUCCUUGGCAUCAUACCUGAAGAGCUUCCGAAUAUGGUUUCACGUGGUGUGUUGACGGCUGAGGAGGCCGACCUUGUUGCUGAUGGGAUCGUUCAAACCAUCAACCCUGGCUCAAAGGGGCUGCAAAAACUGCUACUUGAGUCAAAAUCCGACCCCAACGUCAGGAAUAACUAUAUAUAUAAGCCUUGUCGAGAUGGCAUGGGUCAUGGUAUUGAGCUGGGCAGGAACCUUACACAAGAAGCCUGGCUCGAACGUCUAGAGAAACUCGCCAACCCAGAUGUUCUCCGGCCUCAUGAUAAUGCAGCUGUCAUCCAAAGGCUGGUAGAUCACAGCUGGUAUGAUGUGGUUCGUCACGAGGUUUCAACGGAUGAUGGACCGAAGCCCAACAAGUUCCAUCUCAUCGGAUCCAUGUUUAUGUUCCAGAAUCGCCAGUUCUACCCAUCUACUUGGCGGAUGGGCCUGGAGACUCAUCUUGGUAUCACUUCCGAUAAGCCGGGACUCGUCAUGGCGAUGGUGCAUCAGCCCGACUGGCCAGUUGGGGAGGACCAAGAGGAAGAAGUAUGA